CACCUGCAGAGAUGUCCUGGCUGCUGCUCUCGCCUGCCCGUGCUGCUGCCGGCGUCACCCUCCUGCUCAGCUGCGUCUGCCUCAGCUCAGCCGCCCAGCACCCCAACCGUAGCAAAGGGCGAGCCUUGAUCCCCCUGACUCCCCAAGAAGAAACCCUGUGCCCCAGGGCCUCUGUGGAAGCUUUUCUCAACAGCAGCCUCAGCACCCGCCUCCUGCCCGCUCUCUACUCCAUGGUGCUGCUGGUGGGGCUGCCAGCCAACGCUCUGGCCUGCUGGCUCCUGCUGACCAACCUCAGGAGAUGCUCCAGCUCCCUCUUCCUGCUCAACUUGGCCAGUGCCGACCUGCUCUUUGUCCUCCUGCUGCCUCUCAAGAUCUCCUACCACCUCCUGGGCAAUCACUGGCUCUUUGGGGACUACCUGUGCCGCGCCAUGGUGGCUUUCUUCUACGGGAACAUGUACAGCUCCAUCCUCUUCCUCACCUGCAUCGGCCUGGAGCGCUACAUCUCCGUGGUGCACCCGUUCCUGUGGAAGGGCUCCAGCUGGACGUGGGGCAAGGCUGGCAUCUGCCUGGGCAUCUGGUUGGUGGUGGGGUUGGGCAUGAGCCCUCUGCUUUUGUACCCCCAGACAACUCACAUCGCCGGCCUGAACGUCACGACGUGCCACGACGUCCUGGCGAAGGACGAGCACGUCUUCCUCGGCAACUAUUUCCUCUCCCUGGUGGGGCUGGGCUUCGGUUUGCCCUUCGUGCUCAUGACCAUCUCCUACAGCUGCAUCCUGGCACAGCUGCAGGCCAAGGGCAGACGCUACAGGAAGGUGGUACGAGUCCUGGCCUUGGUCCUCCUGGCUUUCCUCCUCUCCUUCACCCCCAGCAAUGUGCUGCUUUUCAUCCACUACCUGCUGGAGCCCACGGGGUGCCACAACAUCACCUACACCCGCUACAGCCUGGCCCUGGCGCUCGGUGCCUUCAACAACUGCUUCGAUCCCUUCAUCUAUUUCUACGUCUCGCAGGACUUUCGGGGCUGGCUGCGGGCUGCAGGCAGCUGCUGCCGGGGAGAGGCCACCUCUUCCUCCUCUGGGAGGGCUUCCAAGGACGAGGCAGCCUCCCCUCCGAGGUCCAGCCAGCAGAGCCAGCUCUAGGCAGGACCAAGGGGUGCUGGGCUGUGCCCUCCUGCCUCAGGGAAGGGGGAUCCUGGCCGUGCCAGCUCAGACUGGCAGCAGACUGAGGCAGAAAAGCCUGAGCCUGGCUCUGACAUUCACUGGGACUUUGCUCUGGUAUUGCAGUUCCUCUGCUGCUCCCUCUGUCUCACAGAGCCCUGGCUGCCUCAUCUUCACCCCCCCGCCCCCACUCCAGCAUCCCUCAGCGCUCCUCCUGCAGUGACCAAAC